GGGCAGCGUGUGGUGCGUCCAUCACCGUGGACCUUUGCACACGUCGACUGUGCCUUGCUCCUCGUUUCCGUGUGCGGGACUGUAAGCAGAAAAAAUGGGCCACCUUUCGACGGACGUCUUCGGCUUCUUCGUCGGGUGCGGAAGGACGGCACAGACGGCAGCGGAGCGACGGGUCCGUGUCCACGUCGCGGCUAUGGAGGGCGGCGGAGAGGGUAGACGUGAUGUGUUGACGCCUCGUGAGCUGCAGGCCGUGGCGGCGGCCGUGUCCACGAUCGUUCUUCGAUAUCAGCAGGAGAGGGCGCUCGGGCGACUGAAGGAGCAGUUGCGCUCGCGUAUACGGAGGACAUUGACGCAAGGUCCGGACGAUGGGGCCGAAUACGUGGUGACGUCGGAGGCUGUUGUUCAGCUGUUCUACGCGUUGGGUUGCGGAGUGAUUCCUCGUGCGACGCCGCAGUGGUGGGUGAAGCACAGGAUAGGAGGCACGUGGGAAGACCUUAGGCAAUGCGACGACUCGACAGACGUGGGAAGACCCCGUAUUGCGUUGCAGAUUGCUCGCUCCGGAGGUUGUGGCUGCCGGUCUGCCGUUGGCCAGUCGUCGAUCCAUCCUAUUGGCUUUCUUGGAAGAUCUCCUUCUGCGAACCGCGAGCGGGACGAGGCCGACGAAACACACGUGGAAGAAGACAACGACGAGAAGCAGCACGACGACGAGGAGCAGCAGAGGCAGCCUGUGCAGCAGGUAGGCCAUGUAAGGGCCGUUCAAAGGGCAACAAACCGACGAUAGCGGUCGACCGUCCAACGAACAAACGCGUGGACACAAG